AUGGCCGAACAACAAGCGCAGCAGCAACAACGAGCGUCUCUCAGAGCUGAGGAAUUUUCAUCGCUGAUGUCAGCUACCGCAACACCUGCAGGCCCAGCUGGUCGCCGCGCGUCACGUUCCAUCUCGAAGCGCAGGGCCAGCGAGAGUAGACAGCGUAGCCUUAGCCGUAAGCGAUCACAGUCACGUGACCGCGUGAGCUGGGCCGAUGCAGCAAGGCACGGUGCCAAGAAAGCACAGGGGGGGUACCACCACCACCACCUCCAAUACCACCGCAACGACCAAGACCAUUCGCACCAGCAAGACCAUCAAUGGCAACAACAACAGCAAGACGAGGGAAGACGAGGCGAUGAGGACGUAGAAGGAAGCCAACGAGGCACUCCGGCGUAA